AUGAAGGUCAUCGAGUCCCAGACCGCCGUCUUGUCCAAUUACGAGGUCUUCGAGCACCUCGUGGACCAGCGCCAGCGCUACAAGAGCAAGAAGCGACGCGGCCCGGGGAACCUGGAGACUGUCGUCAAGGAGCUGCUGCAAUAUCUGCGGACCGCCCCGGGGCCCUUGAGCCAGGAGCCCACUACAUAUACGCCCGCGUCCAUCUCGCAGCUCCUUGAGCGCCUACGCCCAUUCGACCUCUCUAAGGGCGAGGUCGUCAUGAUCCUCAACCUGCGUCCGGCGUCGGUUAUUGGCCUGAACACCGUCGUGGAGGAGAUGAGCGAGCGCUUCACCGAGGACCAGCAACAAGAGAUGGUCGACAUCAUUGCCGACGUCCUCGGCAAGUUUGAGGCCGCCGAGCACAACCGAGGAGCCGGGGGAGCCGCCGAGGGCGGAGAUGUGAAUAUGGACGACGCCGCCGCAUAA